AUGGUGUUAAACGUUGUGCAGAACAGGCAGAAAGUUGCACCCAACGAUCCACUGAUGCAAAGAAGCCUUGGGAACGUGAAGAUUUUCGUGGCCUACUUCAACAACGACGGCAAUGCAGAUGAUGACAGUCACGCGUCAUUGCCUUUUACUUGCCCGCAGUCGUGUGUUGACAAGAUUCCUGCAUUCGACGAUGCUGAACUCCAGUUGGCUUUGAAACAGCUUCGGAAUGGUAAAUCUGCAGACGGCGAUGGCUUGGUCUUGGAAAUGUUUAUUCAUGCCGGCGGGAUGUUACAUCAGUGCUUACUCAGCAUGUACAACCAUAUGCUACAUGAACACGUUUGGGAUCCGAAGUGGUGCCAUACCGUUUUCAGCAUGCUCCCGAAGACUGGUGAUGCUUCAGUGGCUUCGAAUUGGCGCCCGAUUGCGAUAUUGAAAGUGACUUACAAAAUUUUCUCGAAGAUGUUGUGCUCGCGAUUGCAACCGCUGCUGGAAAGUUACCAGUCACCCGACCAAGUGGGUUUUCGUCCGCAUCGCGGGACUGAUCAUGCUUUUGCAGUGUUUGACACCAUAUGUGGCAAAUCAGUUGAGUGGAAAUGCAACUUGUGGUUUGCAAGCUUAGAUCUUACGAAGGCUUUUGAUCGCAUGGAACACAACGCAUUGUUUGCUGCACUUGCGAAACAGGGUGUGGAAUCUUCGUACAUACAGCUAUUGAAGGCAUUGUACUUGGGUCAGACAGGAUCUGUUCAUGGCAGCCGCAGAUUUCGCAUCACGCGUGGAGUCAAACAAGGUGAUGUUUUGAGCCCUUUGCUUUUCAACGCUGGGCUUGAAGCAGCGAUACAAUCUUGGAAAUCCCGCAUCCGUGACUGUGGUAUUCACGUGGGUCACACCGAACGUUUGACGAACAUUCGCUUUGCAGACGACUUGAUGAUUUACAGCAAAUCGUCAUCUGAAUUGGCCUACAUGUUGGAAGUGGUGUCGGAAGAGCUUCUGAAAGUCGGUUUGCAACUCAAUCCGAAGAAAACAAAAAUUUUGACGACAACGGAGCUGGCAUCGCCAAUGUAUUUGGAUGUGCAUGGAGACAUGAUUGCGGUUUUGCACGGCCAGCCAAAGCUCGCUUCGUUGCAGCAGCAGAAGCCCCAGCAUGUGCCGAUUCGGGUCGUGGACCCCCUGAAGUUUCGGCUGGGACAACUGGGUUGCGGGGGACCCUGGACAUGUCUCAGCUGGGGCGAUGGGGUGGUGCGGAACGUCUCCCAGCGCGAAGAGUGUGCCGAGCUUCUUGCAGUCACGACAAUUGACAGCCGGGGCAUCCAGUCCCUCGGGCUUGCGAAGUUGUUUCAUGGAAGUGGCACCCUCAAGGGCAAGGUAAGUCGUCGGCGCCGUGUGGGAUGUUGCCGCUGCACGAAGAGGGUGGUGAAAUGCAUCGCCCAAGUCCUUUGGAAGAUCUUGAAGUUCAUUGGUUGGACGAUCAUCCGCAUCAUUUGCCGACGGCGCUUGAGAAGGGCUGCAUUGGAGCGCAACCAAUGGAUCACCUUCAAGCCGCGCCCGGACCGUUUGGAUGACAUCGCGCAGCGGGAGGCAGAGUAUCGGGAACACAUCGUGAAAAUCUACAACGCCCGUGGUCUUCGCGGGCGUACGAUUCUUUACCGGCUUCUGUCCCGGCGUUUUCGCUAUAUCCGGAUGCGGAUUCGAGAAGCGCUUGCAGAAAUUUUCGGGGCCCGUGAUCCUGUUUCAGGUGUGCCAAAUGACCUACUGGAGCGCUACCGUUUGCUAACAGUGCUUGGGGAGGGACCGCACGGACAGGUGUUCAGCGCCUGCUGGAACCAAGAAGGUGACCCGGAGGAGUUGGCGAAGCAAGAGCUGAAGAAGGGCCGCCUUGUUGCCAUUCGGAUCCGCGACAAAUCCACGGGACACAUUGUCAGGAUGGACCUCAACUUCUCAGCGUCGCUUCUCCGCAACCGUGCCCUUCCUUGGCCCCCUGCACUCCGCAUGCUGCGGAGGCUGCUUGCAAGGCUGCGUUUGGUCAAGCGGCCUAUUCUCCACGAGACCAUCGUGAAGCUUCAGCAUGUCCAGGACACACGUGAAUUCUUCAUUGAGGUCUUGGAGUACCUGCCAGGUGGCACCUUGUACCAGUAUUUGGAGAAGAAGGAGAUGCUGGACGAAUACACUGCCUGCCGUGUUUCCCUCCGUAUCCUGAAGGCUCUUGAUCAUUUGCACGCCCGGCGAUUGCUGCAUCGAGACCUUCGCCUUCAGCAGUUUGUCCUGGCGGAAGCUGACGACCCGGAAAGUUGCAAGCUUGCGGAUCUUUGGUGUUUGGCCGCCCUCCCGCGCAAGAAGAACUUCAUGGUCGAAGAGGGCAGGCCAUGCGACUUGCUGACUGCUGCCCCCGAAGUGGUGAAGCAGGGGGAAUUCAGUGCAAAGUCCGACGUUUGGGCCGCCGGUUGUGUGAUUUUCGAGCUGCUUCAUGGGCACCCUCCGUUCGGAGGCACUGGGAAGGCUCUGGUUCAGCGUAUUUGCCUCGGAGAGCCGGAGUUCAGCGAGCUCGGAACCUCAACCGGAGGCCUCUCGGAGAAUGCCUUGGACCUCCUCCGCUGGAUGCUUCAGCGCGAGCCUGGGCAUCGGCCAUCGGUAUCCGAGUGCUUGAAGCAUCCGUGGUUUGAGGGCUACAAUGUGGAGCGCCCCAGCAAGCAAGUGUGGCAGGUUGAAAAGCUGAUCCGCCACGUCAAGCUUUGGGGAAAGCCGCCCCACUCUCGGCAAAACCUCCCUGCUUCGAAUCUCCUUGCCUCGAAGCGCGGCGCUGUGACUCCCGGCUUCUGUACUUACAUGGGCGCUACCUCAGUCGACAUCGACUUCGAAGUUAUCGGCAAGACGGAGGAGCAGCAGUAUUGGGUGACGAAGUGCCUUUUGUCGCUUUGGGGCCGGGAGGAGAAUCCACGGCAGGUGCAGCUCAAGGUCUGUGUGAAGCCGGGAGCUCCUUGGGUCGAGCUGGGAUCCUGCACACUGGACGAUGCUACGGCGCUGGAGGCAUCUAUCAAGAUCGACAAGCCCAUCCGAUAUGUGCGCAUAUCCUUGCGGGGCAAUCUGGGCGGCCACUUCGGCAUCGCCGUGCGGAAGGUCUCUUUCUAUGGCUACCAGGUGCGACAGGUUCCGAUUGCCCUGCAGCUGGAAAACCUGCGCUUCCUGCGCGGCAGCCGCCUCCACACCCACGCUCAAGACAUCCACCCCAAAGAGGUCACAUCGCGUGUGCACAAGUCCCUGCAGAGCAGCCUCCGUGUCGGCCGACGCAUUGAGGGCACCGGUGCCAAGUACCGCGUGUACGAAGACAUCUGCUCUGGCUCGCCUCACAUCACCACGGCUGCAGAAACCCCCAGGCUCAAAUUCCCUCGUGGCGUGGUGCUCGUCGGAGCGGUCCUCGGUUUGCGCUACGUGUCCGAUGUGCCGUCGAAGGAGUCCGCACCACCCAGGCUGCGCAUUCAGAUUGUCAAGGAAGCUCACACUUCGGCCGACCAAGAAAGGCGCCUGAAGAAGACACUCCUCUUCGCGACAGAGGACCUCACGCCACCGAGCUGGAAAGCUACAGAGGUCUUGGGCAACGGUUACGUGGACUACCCUGUCAUGUUUGCUACUGGCAUACGAGCCUUCGGAGAUGACAAGCUGCACCUGGAAGUGCUGUUUCAGAACUUCUCCGGCACUGCGCACAUCCCAGCAGACCUGGGCCUUUCCUUCUUUUACGUGCCGGAGCUGCAGUCUCCCAGCACCUCCGAGGAUGAAGGGGCCUCGAAAGAAGCUGCAGCCACGCAGCGGAAGACGCGAACAGAGGCAAGGGAAGUGGGGGAAAGAAAGGAAGCAGAAAGGGAUGCAUCCGUCGAGCAGUCGGCGGCAGAGGCCACGCAAAACCACGCAUUGCAGUUCGACGAGGACGAGGAAGUCUUGGCACAGGAGAGUGAUGCUGGCGAGGGCUGGGAAGAGGAGCUGCAGAAUCACCUGGACAAGCAGGUUGAUGAGACUCUUUUCGGCAACAGCGGCUUGCCGUUUUUCAGCCAAGAGGAGGGUGGUGCCUAUCGGCCCAGCUCUGCGAAGGGCAAGGGCCAGGAGUGGUGGAAGACCGAAGAUGAUUCGAAGCUGACGCAGGCCAAGGAGGCACCUGCAGAUGCAACCGGCGCAGUGCGUGCACGUCCCGCGCAAGCCACUGCCACCGCUGGAUCUCGGAGACACCAGGUCUCGCAGAUGCAGCCAGUGCCCGUCGAAGACAACCAGCCGGAGCCGAACAACGCGCGGAACCGCGGUAACGAGGCCACGACUUUCGCCGUGACCAAAGCCAUGAACGUGGCUGCGGAUCUCAGGCGCCAAGCAGCUGAGGAGGCUGAGCAGCGACAGGCACGCCGGCGGAUGCGAGGAGAGGGCAGCACUGGGGAGGGCGGCGACCUGGGAUUUUUCGACGCGCUCUUCCAGGAUCCGACCUGGAGCUCUUGUACGCCGGCCAAGGCUUGCAACGAGAUCGUGAAAGCCCUCGAGGAGGAGGAUGAGGAGGAGGAGGAUGCCCAGCCAGAGCAGCCAGACAACAAUGAGGAGCAGGCUGACGACAAGUCCAACUCGGAGUCAAGCAGAGGCUCGAAUUCGGAGACAGGAUCGGUGUCCGACUGA